AUGCCAGCUCCUAUGCUUCCGGGCCAACUGGCCUCUAAGAAAUCAUCUGGGAAAUUAGAUCCCCAACUACCACCCCAGCUUCAACAAGAUAAGAGUAAGGAUAUGGACGCACUUGUGGCAGAAUUGAACAAAACUCCGUUCUUCAUGACAAAAUACGACGAUCAAGAUGGUGAUAACGAGGCUCUUGAGGCGUUGAAGGCUCUUGCCUAUGAAGGUGAGCCAGAUGAAGUGGCAACAAACUUUAGAAACCAGGGGAAUGAACAUUACCGGGAAAAGCUGUACCAUAAUGCCAUUGAAUUUUACACCAAGGGAAUAGACGUCAAGUGUGGGAUAAAAGAUAUCGACUCCAAGUUGUAUUUGAAUAGAGCUCAAUGUAAUUUGGUGCUAAAGAAUUAUAGAAAAUGUAUCAAUGAUUGUCAGAAAGCGCUUCAGUUGGACCCAGCAUUGGUCAAAGCGUAUUUUAGAAUGGCGAAAGCGUUUUUAAAGAUUCAAAAAUAUCAAGAAGCCCAUGACGCCGUUGAAUUUGGGUUGAAACUUCUGCCAGAGGACAAGGAAAUGAAAUUGAUUCUCAAACAGGCGGAUGAUAAAAUUAAUGAAGCCAGAGAACGUGAAGAAAAGAAUGAAAAAGAAUACAAGACUUUCCUCGAAGCAAUGAAGGUACGUGGGAUGAGUUUAGUAUUCACCAAGGAUUCUGGUGACAAUUACAAGAAGUUUAGGUUAGAGGAUAAGUUUGACAUUGAGUCGCAGUUUAUUUUCGAUGGGAUCAUUGAGUUUCCAAGCUUGGAGUAUAAUUGCUACAUUGACAAAGUUGGUGAAUUGUCUAGUAUCGUUGAAAUGUUGAGCAUUCCUUACAUGUCUGCUCCAGAAAAUUUUGCCAACCAUCCUGAAUUGUCGAUUAAAAACGUCCAGGUUUACAUGGAAACCAUUAGCGGGGGUCUCAUCAAGGCGGGAAAGAAGAAAACCAUUAAUGAAUUGAUCACUCUACAAACCCCGCAAAUCCCAAUCAUUGACUGGAUUGUGAGACUUUAUGUGGUGUCAAAGGAUGGAGCUGACGAAUUCAUCAAAAGAUGGAAUAAAAAGGAGAGAUUAGAUAAUAGAAGGUCUCUGAAUGAGAUAAAUUUGAGAACUGGGGAGUUGGUUGAUAGAGAUAAUUAA